AUGGAGAAAGUGUUGGAUCGAGGAGAAAGUAAUUGGGAUAGAUACCUACAUCUCUUCCCGAAGACCAUCGCUGGUAGUGCAGAUGUGACGUGUGACUCCUACCGACUGUGGCGGAGAGACAUACAAAUGUGUCAAGAGUUGGGGUUAGAUAUGUACAGAUUCUCCAUAUCCUGGUCUCGUCUUCUCCCAACUGGUCUUUCCAACUACAUCAGUGAGGAUGGCAAGAACUACUACAACAACCUUAUCAAUGGUCUUCUAGAGAAGGGCAUCGAACCUGUUGUUACCUUGAACCAUUUCGAUCUGCCACAACGACUUCAGAAUCUUGACCGCGUAAAGAUCUGGCUGACGGUGAACGAGCCACAAAUUUUGUGCGAUUCUGGUUACAAUAAUGGAACAGUUCCCUACAUUAACGACCCGAAGUACGGUCGGUAUCUCUGCAGCAAGAAUGUACUUUUGGCACAUGCGAAGGCAUACAGGAUCUAUGAUAGACAUUAUAGGCAUUUGUAUCAUGGUAAAGUGACAAUAGUCUUUCUGUACCUAUGGUUGGCUCCAGCGACAGAAAACGACAUCGAAGUUACCAACCUCGCCCGUCAGUACGUAGAAGGAAGAUACGGUCAUCCCGUCUACUCCAAAGAAGGGGGCUGGCCGAAGGAGUUGGAAGAAAUAUUAGCGAACAACAGCAGAAACGAAGGUUACCCAGAACCUAGGCUUCCACCUUUUACCGAAGAAGAGAAAGAACUAGUAAAAGGUUCCUUCGACUUUUAUGCCUUGAACCACUACUCUAGUCUUUUAGUCAGGAAAGCGAAGCCCGGUGAGGUCAUUGGCAAGACAACGGUGCACCCUAAAGGUUUACGCGAACAACUAAACUAUCUGAAGAACACUUACAAUGUAACGGAGAUAAUGAUAACUGAAAAUGGAUUUUUCAGCAGUAACGCGUCUCUGAAUGAUGUUAGAACAGUAAACUACACGAAAAAAUAUUUGGAACAAGUGGCGUUAGCGAUUCAAGAUGGCGUUAAUGUCACAGCGUAUUUCCAUUGGUCUCUCAUGGACAACUUCGAUAAAGGAUAUGACAUACUGAUCAGCCGGUGCUGGUCUACAGAAGAACCGACCUUUCCUCCUUGGUUCAAGUUCGGAGUAGCUACUGCUUCGUACCAAAUCGAAGGUGCUUGGAACGUUAGUGAUAAAGGUGAAGGAGAUUGGGAUAGACUGUUUCACACACAUCCUGAUUUUAAGGAUCGACCCAAUGGAGAUGUGGCUUGUGACUCCUACCACCUGUGGCGGAGGGAUAUUGAGAUGCUAGAGGAGCUUGGAGUGGAUAUAUACAGGUAG